UGCAUCACAUUCUCAUUCAAAAAUCAAAAGCAAACAUAUUGAUCAUAAAAAUGAUUCACAUAAUCCUCCUCAUAUCUCUCCUCAUAACAACAACUUCAAAUGCAUCAGUCCAAGAUUUCUGUGUAGCAGACAUAAAAGCCUCAGACACACCAGCAGGAUACCCUUGCAAAGCAGCAACAACAGUAACAUCAGAUGACUUUGCAUACUCAGGCCUAAUUGAAGCAGGAAACACAACAAACAUCAUAAAUGCAGCAGUGACACCAGCAUUUGUUGCACAAUUUCCAGCUCUCAAUGGUCUUGGUCUCUCAGCUGCAAGACUAGACCUUGGUCCAGCUGGUGUUAUCCCUUUACACACUCAUCCAGGUGCUAGUGAACUUCUCAUAGUGAAACAAGGUCACAUCACUGCUGGUUUUGUUUCAUCAGCUAACACUGUUUAUAUAAAAACAUUGAAGAAAGGUGAGAUUAUGGUUUUUCCACAAGGUUUGUUGCAUUUUCAAGCUACUGCUGGUAAGAGAGAUGCUGUUGCUUUUGCUAUCUUUAGUAGUGCUAGUCCUGGACUUCAAAUCCUUGAUUUUGCACUUUUUGCUAGUAAUUUCUCAACUCCUUUGAUUACUAAGACUACUUUUCUUGAUCCUGUUCUUGUGAAGAAGCUUAAGAGUGUUCUUGGUGGAAGUGGCUAGAGAUACACUACUUAUCUUGUCAUUUUAAUUUCAUCUAUUUUGUUGUGUUGUUUUCAAUUCAUUUUAAUCAGUUUCUUAGAUGUCAUUUCAUUUUUCAUAUCAAUGUGAAGUAAUAAAUUUGUGUCUAUUAUGAUUUUAUCCAUUUGUUUGUUCAAAAAUUUAAUGUUGAGAUUAAUUUGUACCGUUAGAAUAAAUUUAUGAGUAAUGUUAUUUGGAUCCAA